CUAUAAGUUUCACAUUGCAUCGUACCAAAACGUGCUUAAAACAAAACUUAGACUCAACCAUGCAGAGUUUUUGAUAUUAGUGACAAUUACAUUUACCACGUUUAACUCAACAUGACGGAAUCUGGAGAAUCGCAGAUAUUGCGAAGUUUUGAAAACGACUUACUUGAGAUUGAAAGGGAGUGUGGUAGGAGUGAUGAGUUGAAUGUGUUCAUGCUGGAGUACAGGGCCCUGCUGGAACAACUGCGCAAAUCGGAGGACUCUGGCAGACGCAUUGACGCCAACAAUCGACAGCUGCAAGCGGAGAUUCUGGCCAAUGACGCCAAACUGCCCUAUGCAAAACGCAUCAUGACAGACAGCGAGCAAAACAUCAUCACACUCAAACAGAAUGUGGAGGAUAGUCUGACGGAGGUUUUGAAAGCACAGAGUGUGGAGGGGGAGAAGAAAAGGGAGAUUGGGGCUCUGAGGGGGGACAUCGAGGCACUGGGACGCCAGUUGGACAGCAAUAUCGCCACCACACACCACACACAGCCACAACUGGAGAAAUUGUUACUGGAGAAGAGUGAUUUGGCAGUGAGUUUGAAUGGGGAGUUGGAACAGGUGGCCAAAUUGAGGGAUGCCGUCCAGUCUGCUGUGGAGGAGCACGAGAAAACUCAACUGCAGAGACAAGAGCUACACGAGAACACCGAAAAGUUGACGGAGGAGUUGCAGGUGAAGGAGGAGGACAUAGGGGCGAUGGAGUGGAGGCGGGAACAGUUGAAGACCCAGCUGGACACUGUGGAGCAGAUGAGGGAGGAGACUGAGGUGGACAUGGAGGAGAAGCGGAAGUUGCUCAAGGAGCACCAGGUCAACAUCGAGAGAGUCCGCAGGAUCAACGAGCAACACAAAAUAGAGCGGGAGAAGGUGGCCUACGAGAUAGAUGUGUUGUCAGCCAAGUACCUCAACCUGCAAGACAGCUGCAAAGUACAGUACAAGCGACUGGACGAUCUCACCAACGACACCAAACUCAAAACCGAACAAGUCAAGAGUACGGAGGGGGAGGCUGAGCAGUUGAAGAGGCAGAUGGAGAAGGUGGAGAAAAUAGGUGGGGUAUUGAGGGGCAAGAUAGAGGCGAAGGAGGAGCAGAAGGUGAAUAUGGAGAUCGAGAAGAGAGAAGUGAGACAGCAGACACUCGAGCUAGAACACGAUCAGAGUGACCACAACAAGCGCAUCAGAAUGGUCAAAAAAGAAGUGAAGAAGGCGCAGGUGGACGACCGCAAGAUCAAAAAGGACAAGCAGAAUGAGAGCCAGAAGACGAAAGACAGGACGUUGAAGCUGGACAAGAGUGAGUUGAACCAGAAGCUACUAGAAGAGCAGAUAGAACAGCUGAAGAGCAAAUAUGCAUCCCAGUUCGAGGAGAAUGCCAAAACAGACAAAGAGAGAUUGGACUACAUGACCAAGGCCAUGAACUUCCAGAACAACUACCUCGCCUUGCUCGAAAAGGACAAAGCUCUACAGGACUCAUUAGUGAGUGUGAACAAAAGUCUGUUGUCGGACGAGAACCAGGAGAAGUGUCUGAAAAACAUGUGCGAGGCAGUCAGGAACGACAUCAACCUCGCCAACCGCACCAUGCUCGAACUCAGGACUGAGAUGACGGAGAACAAGCAGGACAUGCAGACUAAGUUGACAGAGGUGGACCAGUUGAAAACGGAGGUGGACAGACUGGGAGGCCAGGUGAGGCAGGAGGAGACUCAGGCCGAGUGGGUGGAGCGGUUCAACGAGAAACUCCGAGAACUAAUCGAGGAUGAGCAGGAGCUGAACCGGUCGAUUAAGCAGAACUGUGCCAAUCAGAACGAGGACUAUCAUCGAAUGAUUCGCACAAUGGGAGAGAUACAGUUCGAGAAGGGCAAACACGAUACAGAGCUGCACAAGGUUGUGACUGAGCGAAACCUGUUGGACAAGCAGAUCAUCAGUCGGGACAUGGAGCUGAAGGGACUGUAUGAGAAGCUGAAGUUGCAGAGUAGUGUAAUGUCCAAGGGCGAGCGCAGUUACAUCGAGAAAGAGUGGGAGGCGGAAGCACUCAAGAGACAGGUGAAGGAGUUGGUUCAGGAGAGGACUUUGUUGAGGAGAAAGGGCGAAGGAGCUAAGUCACUCCGAGACCAGAUUGAGGCGGUAAGACGAGAGCUGACGCACAAUAGACAUGCAUGUAGAGUGUUGGAAGAUGAAGUGGAGAUACCAGUCAAUGUGCACAGAUGGAGAGCUUUGCAGGGAAGUGACCCCUCCACUUAUGCACUGGUUGAGAAGCUGCAGGGACUGAACAGUCGCUACCUGAGAGUCUGUGGGGAAAUAGGUGAAAGAGAAAAGGUGUUGAGACUGCAAGAGAAGGUGUAUGUGGACAUGAAGGCUGCCAUCUGUCGCCAGCCGGGCCCAGAAGUGUCCGAACAACUGGCAGUCUACCAACAAGUGCUCAAGGAGAAAGCCAAACAGCUCAAGGCUAUGCGGGACGAGUGUAAGAUGUUGGAGAAUCAGGAGGCGGAGUACAAGGUGGAGAUACAGUCCCUAGUGAGAGAACUGCAACACGUCAACAAAAAGUUCUUCGUCCAGGUCGCCAUCGACCAAAAACAUGCCAGGAUGGGUCAGAAAGAGAGGGAGCAGUCAGGUGGAGCCAGACCCCGGACCACCACACCACGUGACCUCAGAUCGCCACAAGAAGGCGACCAGCAGCAGCAGAACAAACCAAAAACAGGACAGAGCUCCACGUCGGCAAAGGGGGUGAAGUUUGCAGAACAGAUGGAAGAGGAAAAGGAUGAAGAAAACGAUCAGAGAGGUGAAACAGCCGAAAACGAGGAGAGCCCAGAGAGUCAAACUGGUCCAGCUGAUCCUCUGGAAUCCGAAAACCCAGAGGAAAAUUCAACUGCUGAAGUUGAUGGCACAACCCAAGAGGAGUCAAACGUAGAAGGAAGCAAUAUACCGGACGAAGGAAAAGAAACUGGAAGCCCGAAACCCGACGAAAACCAACCGGAUGGGGGAAUAAUGGAGGUUGACGGAGGGACAGAGGAACGACAGACAGAGGAGCCUCCCGGAGAUUCACAGGGAGAUGAGGCUGAAAACACCGCGCCGGAAACUUCAGUUCCAGCGGAAUAGACGGUCAUAAUUAUACUAUAAGACAGUUGCCAAUUCUAUCAAUUGAAAUUUCAAAAUCUAUCAACCUUCUUAUACUUUUGCGAUAUUGCCUCAUUAUUCAAAUCUAGCUUCUAAUUGGAAAGCUUUCUUGCUAUACCGAAAACAAGCAAAAACAUUAGUCUUGUUCACCAUCGUAUAUGCCAUAA